GUAUUAUUCUAUAUGUUUUAGUAUAUUUUUAAAAAUAGAUUAUAAAAGGCUAGUUUCUUCGUUCGUUCUUAGUAACGACCUCGUUCCGUUCGUUUAUAGCCUUAUAAAACGAACCGCAGUUCGUUUUAUAGUACUAAAACGUCAGUUCGUUGAGAGACCUGAAAACGACGUCGUUCAACGGCCGUUCAACUAUCGACUACACUGUUCUCAGAGCAGUAGUUCGAAAACACAACAGCCUGAAAUGACGAGUGAUGAAAAGCGAGACGCCGAUCAUCUAAGUAAAGACGAGGAAGAAUAUUACAAAGUGGCAGAAACAUGGCCGGCUCGAGAUCCAGCUGGAGAUGGCCAGACCACGCCAGACGAAUACAGGCCUGCUGGAUACCAGGACCAAAAUCCGAACAUGGAACUCAUUCAAGAUCCUCUAGAGUGGCUAGAGCUCAAAACCCUAUCUAUUUCUGAGCGAGAUUCACAUAUCAUUGCCAGAUCAAACUUCUAUGACCAGUUUUACUGCCAGUUGGCUGACUAUGGCUCAUUGUUUGAUCGUCUCCUCAAGAGGGCAAUGAAAGCCGGAAAUUUUGAUAUGGAGAGGCCUCAAAAGCCAUUGAGAAUGCCUAGCGAACGUCUUCGCGAAUGUCUCCCCCUACCUGAAAUAGAAAGGAAAUUGCGUGAUAUUGCGUUGGACAACCGAAUCAACGAAGCUACCAUCGUUUCACGAUUUCAUCAGACACAUAAAAUGUUCGCUGAGACGAGAGUAGCCCGAGCAAUAACUGGGUUAGUUCACGAUCACAUGAAAGGUAUUCGCUGCAGCGAAAUCGUUGCUCUUGGAGCAGGCUCCUUAGGACAUGCUGCAUGUAUAUACUUUGGGGAUCCACCCUUUGCAUCCUAUCUUCCACCUGAAUAUGGUCUCUGGUGCCAAACACAACAUGCAGCUUUGCUGUUCAUCCGCGACCUCCUCAGGUUUCGUCAGAAAGAAGAUAUUCCGAUCUACAUUUCUGACCCUGAGUACUCCGACGAGGACGCAAAAGCUGCGAAGAGAUUUGGAAUGACUGUUGUUAACGGCACUGCUGGUUUCCAGCAAAGUUGGACAAAGCUCACUGAGUCAACUCUUGUUGUCGAUUUACAUUGCAUUGGACCCAUUGUUCAGCGGGUUUUUGAAAUAACCAGACCAGCUGCCAUUACCACACUGCUCAAAGUCCACCCUUACAAAAACGCACGUGCAGACCGCUCAAAACCUUACAAAAUCAUGCUAGAGGGCUUGGAAGGAGGUACAAUUGAAGUUCCGGGAAUGGGCAUGGAACCCAAGAAUCAGAAGGAAAUGGUAGAGGCUGAAUAUAACACCAUUCCACUAUUCCCCGACACUUCUAAACCAGGGGUGCCGGGGCAUGAUGGACGAGGAGGCAAGAAUACGCCAUAUGGGUGGGCACGCUGGCUCCACCUAUACACGCGUAAGUAACGUUUCAAUGAAGAGUCGGGAAGAAAGGAGGAUGGGAGGCGGUGUCCUUUUUCGAGUUUUAGGCUUGUCCCUGUCAUUACCGGAUCCGUUAUUGAAUUCACCACAAUGUUUUGGGAACAUACCUACUUACCGCACUUGGUAUCCCGUGCAGCAUAAGCAGGGACUCGUCCUGUAGAUAGCAUUGAAGUGGGGUGCGAAAGUCGAUUGGAUGUGAUGCCUUGCACUGUGGCUGAAUGAUAUCAACUAUCUUUCUUUCCAGCACCCUGACCUUUGUUUUCGUGGUGGAGAUUGAUCACGUGCUUUAUCCCUUUGUAGCUUGAAGGAUACCUCGGCUCUGUAUUCUAUUUCCCGGC